AUGGCACAACAUGAAAAUGUAAUCCUUCUUCUCGAUAUCAGCAUUUCAUCAUUUCUCUGGGUAGGAAAGUUUGUUAUGCAUCGGAAAAUUCUAAAACUCAUUCCAAACUAUCCGUGUCUAGCGUGUGUCUUUACUCCGAAUGAAAUUGCACUUCGGAAAGAAGCAAUUAGAAGGAUGAUGGGAAAAGUUCCACCAAUGCUCGUUCCCAAGUGUUUUUCUUUUGGAAAAAAUGAAAAGGAAGAGGAAAAUAUAUUAGAAAUUAUAUUGGAAAGGGAUAUUUCAAUAUUUGAUGGAACAUUGAUAUUUUCAUUAAGAAACAAUGAAAGAAUUUGUGAGGAAAUUGUAAAGAAGGAUGGAUUGAAAUUGGCCAUGAUGAGUUUGAAUUUAAAAAGUAAUGAAAAUAUUGUAAGAAAUGCAGUUCAGCAAAAUGGAAUGGCUUUACAAUUUGCUCAUUACAAAUUGAGGAGGAAUAGAGAAAUAGUUUGUUUAGCUCUAGAUCAGAAUGGAAUGGCUUUACAAUAUGCUGCCAAAGAAUUGAGACAGGAGUUGGAAAUUGUAUUGAGAGCUGUUUCACAAAAUGGUAGUGCUUUUUCAUACGCCAUGUGUCACAGGACCAAAAAAACAAGAAGUAGACGAAAGGUUUCUCUUAAACUCGAUCCUCAAGUGAUUGAAACAGCUGUUAAAAGUGGAGCUGCACUAUCAGGAUACACCAAACAAGUCAGAGAGUUGAGAGAAAAUCCAAAUGUUGCCUUGCAAUGCAUAAGAAAUGGUAAUUCAAUCUUUUCAGUUAGUGUCAGACUAAGGGAAGACCCAGAAUUUAAAACACUUGCCGAUCAAGCUCGUAAUGAAUUUGUUCAAAAGAUUAUACUUUCAAAAAGUUCUCAAUUUUUGAAUCAUGUUUCUCCUCCACGAACUAAAACUCCAUACGAAUCCUUAAAGGAAUUAUAUAUCAAUAGUGGAUUCGAUUACAGGAAAGAUCCAGAAAUGAUUGCUUAUGCUUCACGAUUUUCAGGCUCAAUAGACAGAGAACGAGUUCUAAAAUCAAUUAGGAAAAUUCCACUGACAUUAGUUUUCAUGGAUUAUUAUGCAGAUGAAGACGAAUUUCUUGAAACAGCUUUGAAAUAUUUGGAUGGUUCACAUGUUUCAUUGUUCGAAACGUUUUUUGCUAAAGUUUUUAAUUCAAAGUCCAGAAUGGAUUUACUACUGAGAUCAGUUGAGGAAAAUAUUGAGAUUGUGAAAUAUCUCAGCACUACAAAGAUUGUUGGACAAUAUGAAUUUAUGGAAAAGGUUAUUCGAAUCAUACUGAAAAAGAUGACUAAGAAACCAUACCAUUGAACAAAAGAUAUUAGAAAGGCAGUAGAUAAAGAAUAUGAAUAUUAGUUCAAAGUUCCUGACAUUCGAAUAAAACACAUC